AAAAGAUCGAAUUCAACAACUCUCCCCUAUCUUUUCUAAAGAAACUUACAAUAAAAAAUGCUAAUUAAUUUUUAAAGUAAAACGGUUAAGAAUAAUUGAAGAAGAAAUUUAUUCAGCAAUUCGUAGAAUUGUCAGUAUGUCAAGCAAACUCUUCUCGCUGCUCCAGUUAAUCAAACAAUUUCGUUACUAUGCGCGCACCUCUUCCAGGAAUAGAAGAUAUUUCAAAGUCCAAACAAUUCACUAUAAGAUACGAAAAUGUUUUGUACGUUUCAGAGUCCAAAACGUUUCCGUCGCAAAAUCCGUCGCAGUUCGAUCAGCGCUUUUAAUCAGGAAUCGGCUAAUUUAAAUGAAUACGCGUUACCGUUCUAUUGUGCUUUCUAAGCAAAUAAAUGCGACAGGGGUUACGCGACCCUGCGGCUUGUGGCCUCCAGACUCGUAAGAACCGCGAGGCGUUUUAUCGGCGACAGAGAUACGGUUAACCCAAUUAAAAUGUUUAAUCGACACGUCCCCCCGCCCUGCCCGCGUGUGUUAUCGUGCGUGUCGCCACAAUAAUACGAUGACAAAUUGAACCGGCGCAGCGUGCGUAACGGAAGAGAUUGGAAUCUAACGGCUGCGUAUGUAGUAAACAACGACCCACAACUACCCUCCUGAGCCGGGCAAACUCUCCAUGGUAACGAGACUCGACAGCGAGACUUCAGGUUCGAUUACAGAUUGAAAAGUUCAGAUAUAUUCACGCUUUCAACCUUACACGUGUAACCUCCCUGUUGUAAAGAAAAACCGCGCUUUUCAUUCUCCGCGAAAAGUGUCCGAAAAAUGCUUAAGUUUCAACAACGCGCCACUCCGGAGGAUCUCAAGAUCGCCGCGUGUAUAGAACGCAAACGACAAAUCGAAGAAGAGAGGAAACUGCGCAUCUUUAACCCUCGCGUUAGAAAAAUUGGGAUAGACAAGGCGUUCCUGGAUAAACAAGUCGAGGAGAAGAAGCAGCAGCGCGAGUGGGAACGAGCGAAAGAAUGUCAAUUGGACGAGGCUCUCAUUCGCAGCAGCGAGCACGCCGCGCAUUUGGAGAGACGGCAGGAGGAGGAAAGACGAAGGAUAAACAUGGAGGUCGAGUCCUUCCGGCGAGUGCAUCAGCGAGCGGAGGACCGGCGGGAUUAUGACCUGUACGACCCCGAGGCGUUAAAGAAAUCGCUUCCACCGCGCGUAGACGACAACGGUGAUGAUCCGCGCUUGGGAGCAGCGUCCGCUCAGAAGUUCGAGGGCGAGGAUCGCGAUCUUCCCGUGCGACUGAAGGCGCAGAAAGAGCAGAUGCGUUGGUGGAUACAAAGGCAGAAGGAUGAGCGCGAGGCGGCCGAGAGGGCACGGCGAGACGCCGAGGACACCUAUCAGGAAGUCGUCCUCUCCAGGAAUCAGCGCGCGAUGACGCUGGCGCGGAUGGAGGAGGAAUGCCGGCGAAGGCUGAACGAAGCCACGGCGACGUUUAAUCGCGCUCUGGCCGAGGAGCAGCAGCAUCGCCGUCACUGCGAAGCCGUUCAAGACGAGGAGGACAAGAAAGCGGAAAUCUAUAAUCACGUGACUGGAGAUUUCCUUACCGAGGCUAGGGAACAGGCCGAGAGCAUUCGCGGUCCGUGCAGGCCGUUGGUGGACCGAUACAAGGGCAUGACUGCGGACGAGUUGAAGGUCUUCAGGGAUGCUCAGCUGCAACAAAUGGAAGAGAUUCGUAAAAUCAAACUGGAAGACAAACGCAUCAACGAGGAUUGGGAUCAUUUAAUGGGUUCGCACCUUCAAAUCGCAUUCUCAUAUGAGUGUGAAUUAAAUCUAAGAAAAUCGGAGCUCAACAAGAAAAUCGCGAAAGAGAAUUUGCGGCUUGCCGAGCAGCAGAAGCAGCAUCAAGAAUAUCUGAACCGUGUUGUUUACAAGAAUCAACCGACCGCUGCUUUCUACGAGCAAUUUAACAAAGGAACACGUUGAAUAAAAUCGCAGUUUUCAUGUGCAAUGUGUUUUUUGAGGACAAAAGGUCGAUGCAAAUUUUAAAUAAAUAAAAAAUAAUUUCACAAA